UAAUUCUUCUUCUUCUUCUUCAAUUCGAGUAUAAAUCAAUAUAUAUAUGUGUGAAAUUCGUAUACGAAUUCUGGGUGUGAAUGGUGGAGAAUCGAAUGGAGGCAGUAGCUUGGAGAGGAUUAGCUUACGCAGGGUUCUUGCUGCAUUUCGUCUUGGUCUGCCAACUUCUCCUUCUUCAACCUCUCUCUGCUUUGGGUAGCAAAGCUAGUAAUGCUGCUGAGUUGUUCGAGAAGGUUUCACAGAAUGUGAAAGUGAAGCGUUAUAGUGAGGCUCUUGAUGAUCUUAAUGCUGCAAUUGAGGCAGAUCCAACUCUUUCAGAAGCCUAUUUUCACCGGGCAUCAAUUCUUCGUCAGCUAUGCAGAUAUGAGGAAUCGGAGAAAAGUUAUAAAAGUUUUCUGGAGCUAAAACCUCGAAAUUCGGCAGCAGAAAAGGAGCUUUCUCAAUUGCACCAGGCUCAGAGUGCACUUGCUACAGCUUUUUCUUUCUUUGAGUCGGGUGAUAUUUUGAAAUCUUUGGAAUAUGUUGACAAAGUUGUACUCGUUUUCUCUCCAGCAUGCUCGAAGGCCAAACUACUCAAGGUGAAAUUGUUGAUAUCAAGUAAAGACUAUUCUAGUGCCAUCUCUGAGAGUGGAUUCAUUCUUAAAGAACAUGAGGAUGAUCUGGAUGCAUUAUUACUCCGUGGUCGUGCCUACUACUAUUUAGCGGACCAUGAUGUUGCUAUAAGGCAUUACCAAAAGGGACUCCGCCUUGAUCCAGAGCACAGUGAAUUGAAGAAAGCAUAUUUCGGACUAAAAAAUUUACUCAAGAAGACAAAAGCUGCAGAAGAUAAUGUAAAUAAGGGCAAGUUGAGGGUUGCAGUGGAGGAUUUCAAAGCAGCUCUUGCCUUGGACCCUAAUCAUCUUGCUCAUAAUGUACAUCUUCAUCUUGGUUUGUGUAAGGUCUUGAUCAAGCUCGGAAGGGGAAAGGAUGCUUUAAGCAGUUGCAACGAAGCACUUAGUAUUGAUGGGGAACUCCUUGAAGCCUUAGUUCAGAGGGGUGAAGCUAAGCUUCUGACAGAGGAUUGGGAAGGUGCCGUUGAAGAUCUGAAAUCAGCAGCUCAACAAUCAUCUCAGGACAUGAAUAUUCGGGAAGCUUACAUGAGAGCUGAGAAAGCAUUAAAGAUGAGCAAACGCAAAGACUGGUACAAGAUCUUGGGAGUUUCAAAGACUGCUGCUGUUUCUGAGAUCAAGCGUGCUUACAAGAAGCUUGCUCUGCAAUGGCAUCCAGACAAAAAUGUGGAUAAUAGAGAAGAAGCAGAGGCAAAGUUCAGAGAAAUCGCUGCUGCAUAUGAGGUUCUUGGCGAUGAAGAUAAACGAACAAGAUAUGAUAGAGGAGAAGACCUUGAAGAUAUGGGCAUGGGUGGUGGCGGAGGAGGCGGUGGCUUUAAUCCUUUUGGUGGUGGAGGACAGCAAUACACAUUUACAUUUGAUGGCGGCUUUCCUGGUGGUGGUGGAUUCGGAGGAGGAUUUCCUGGUGGUGGAGGUGGCGGCGGCUUUGAAUUUCAUUUUUGAUUCCACAAAGAUAGAGAGUACUGCAGUCCUUCAAGGAAGAACCUCCAACACCAGUAUGACUAAUUGCUGACAGGUUUUGGCCAAUAGAUAGAAUCAGUUCAUCUAAAAGUGAAAGAUGCAUUCCUUUUGUGUUCUUUAUAUAACUUUCAAUGUAGUUCUUCCCCUUAUAAAUUUAUUCUGUUGGUUGGCACCAUGAGAAUAUGAGAUCAUCUUUGCACAGAGGAAAUCUGAUACUGCUGAAAAGUUUUUAAUUCAAACAUAUUGUCGUUCGUUGGAAUCAUGUCGUUUUCUUCGUUCUCUACAAGUCGUGUGGUCCAUUCGUUUUGGAGGACUUGCGUCGUUUUUUUUUAUUUAUUUAAUUUUGGCGGUUCCAUUUAGUUUGUCAUUUUGACAUGUUUGUAACAAGGCGUAGUGGUGGAAUACAUAACUAGUAUUUACUCUCUUCCAGAUAA